UCGUUUAUUUUGCGACCGCACCGGCUCAAAUUUUCGGUUGCUAAAGCAACAUCCAUUCAUAGAAAAAUAUAAAACAGUUUUAUAAAUAGCGGAAAUUAUGUUUUUUUGGCAAGUGUGCCGCUCAACUCUUUGGGAUGUGAUUUGGUCUUCCAGAAGAUCAGAAAAACAACAUUCCUGCUGUGGAUGAAGACGUGUUUCAUAAUAUUGUUGCAUAUUAAGAAGGAAAUCUAAAAAUCUUAUUGGCAUUCCUGAGCUCCUUCACUAAAGCCAGUCUGCUUACUGGAAGCAGUUUCCACCCUGUAUCCUACCUGUCACUCUUGUGCACCGCCCUGGGCUCCAGUAGCCCCUCAAUGCCUGUGAUCCCCAUCCCACGGCGGGUGCGCAGCUUCCAUGGCCCCCAUACCACCUGCAUGCACUCUGCCUGCGGCUCGGCGCACACCUCCACGCUCGUGCGCACCAAGUACAACAACUUUGACCUUUACCUGCGCUCCCGCUGCAUGUACAGUUUCCUGCGCUUCCUCCUUUACUUUGGCUGCAGUCUGCUGACCUCCCUGCUUUGGGUGCUGCUGUCUGCCCUCUUCUUCCUGCAGUACGUCGGUGUGCGCGUCCUACUUCGGCUGCAGUACAAGCUCUCCGUUAUCCUGCUUCUGCUAGGACACAGGCGCCUGGACUUCGGCGUGCUCAAUGAUCUGAUUAUCUACAGCAUGCACAUCACCAUGUUUCUGGUGGGGGGACUUGGCUGGUGCUUUAUGGUGUUUGUGGACAUGUGACUGAAGGCCAUGAUGAGGAGGCAUCAGACUGCAACUUAAGCAUUAUGUGGUGCUGGAUUAUUAAUAUUCUGCAAGAUUGAACUGUUGCCCUGCUUUCUGUUCACCAUUACCUGUCAGUUUAUUUCCCUUGCUUGUUAAAUGUUGAAAAAUUAUAUAUAUAUGUGUGUAUCCUUUAAUUAACUGUAUAUUAGUUUCAGAUUUAUCUGAUUGUGAUUGACUCAUAUGGAGGAUAAAGAAUUGUGAAAUCUGAUCAAACCAACCUGACUUACUGGAAGAUAAUAUUUGUAAGUGUCAAGAAACCUAAUUUCUUCAUUGAAAAUUGCUUGUGAUUAGUUGUCAAAGCAAUUAAGAACUGACACGUAGUUGUUACGAAACAUCUUUUGGUAUACAGCUGAAAAAGUUGAGUAUCAAAGUGCGAAAUGGGAAAGGGGUGCUUUGACCACCGCCCAAAUUUCCAGCAGUGGUUCCCAAACUUUUCAGCUUCUGACCCACAAAAUAACAGUGCAGGCAACUUAUGACCUAUGGUCAUAAGUCUUUGAUUUAUGUUGAGUUUACAUACAUCUCUAAGUCAAUUAAACAGGUACAAUGACACCACAAACUUGAUCAACAGCUUAUAUAUUAGCCAAUAAAUUACUUUUAUUCAUUUGUAAGUGCAGCUUUUUUAAUCUCUUUAAAUGAAUGAGUGCUUUAUUAAAGGGGUUUAGACCAAAACUGCUGGUUUAGUUGGCUGAAACUCCACCUUAAAAAGGGCCUGUUCUGAGUAGCUGUUAAAAAAACUUUCAUAUUGUUUUUGUUUUUUUAUUCCCCCAAGCUGAAAUUACUCUGACUGGUGCCAGUACAAUACUGACUACUCCUAACUACUUCAGCAUAGAUUCUGUAAACAGACAUUCGGUUAUUGUUUAUGACAUAAAGGUCCUUGUUUACAUUUCCUUGAAACCAUAUACAACCAAUUCUGAAAAACAAUACACUCAAACAUAUUGAAAACGGACCAGUAUCUUGUAGGUCAUUUGUAAAUUAUUUCCACAUAAUAGAUGUUUGUUUUAUAAAUCUGUUACUUACUGUAAUGGAAAAUGUGAAUGUCACAGUGGCAUGAAAUCCUGACGUACGACUGAAUGAUGCAAGUUUGUUUUUUGUUUCAUCAUAACCUGAGGUUUGCUCUAAAAGCAUCCCACAGAUAGGAUUGGUGAUAUUAGGCCAUGUGCAAACAUUAUCUUGUAAAUAUACUUUUUCUUUUUACAAAUUAAGUAAACAUGCAGUUAUAUGUUCAGUUAUGGAAAUGAAUAAGGAAUACUGAUGUGUGAUUUUGUGCUAGUUUUGGCUAAAUAACAAAAGUAAAAGGAUUUUGAAGUUUGUUUUAAAAGUUA